CCAUCGAUAGUUUUCCAGCUCUAAUCCCUAUACCAGCUUCUUCAGUAAAACUCGCCUUUGCAUUUUCUUUGUUAAAUUGCUAAAAUAAGACGCAUUAAAAAUAUUUGCUUAAAAUUAAGCAUUAAAUAGUGUUAAGUAAAUGUGUAUAAAUAAAAGUACUUUUUGCGGGCUGCUCUAAAAUUUGUCACGCAAGGCAACUGCAGCUGUGUACCUCUUCUAACCAAGUAAAUGCAAUUUGGAUAUAUUUAGGAAAAAAAGUUUCUGAGCGUCGUGUAUCUAGUUACAAUGGAAGACGGCCACGCUAAAACCGUCGAACAGGCCUUAAACUUUUUUGGCACAGACGCAGAACGUGGACUCACAUUGGAACAAGUUAAAAGCAAUCAAAAGAAAUAUGGUCCAAAUGAACUGCCCACGGAAGAAGGAAAAACAAUUUGGCAGCUUGUUUUAGAGCAAUUCGAUGACCUUCUCGUGAAAAUUCUGUUGUUGGCCGCUAUCAUCUCAUUUGUUUUAGCUUUAUUUGAAGAGCACGAAGAGACAUUCACAGCAUUUGUAGAACCUUUAGUUAUUCUUUUAAUUUUGAUUGCAAAUGCCGUUGUAGGUGUAUGGCAAGAACGAAAUGCUGAGUCCGCUAUUGAAGCGCUUAAAGAAUAUGAACCUGAAAUGGGUAAAGUGGUCCGUCAGGACAAGUCCGGAAUUCAGAAAAUUAGAGCAAAGGAAAUUGUUCCUGGAGAUAUUGUUGAGGUGUCAGUAGGUGAUAAAAUUCCCGCUGAUAUAAGAUUAACACAUAUCUACUCGACAACACUACGCAUCGAUCAGUCUAUUCUGACUGGUGAAUCAGUGUCAGUUAUCAAGCAUACCGAUCCUAUUCCCGACCCCCGUGCCGUUAACCAAGACAAAAAGAAUAUACUAUUUUCGGGUACAAAUGUAGCAGCUGGUAAAGCUCGCGGUGUGGUCAUUGGUACAGGUUUGAAUACAGCUAUUGGCAAAAUUCGAACAGAAAUGUCAGAAACGGAAGAAAUUAAGACUCCACUACAACAAAAAUUAGAUGAGUUUGGUGAGCAGCUUUCGAAGGUGAUUUCCAUCAUUUGUGUUGCUGUAUGGGCUAUUAAUAUUGGACAUUUCAAUGAUCCUGCUCACGGUGGCUCGUGGAUAAAAGGUGCUAUCUACUAUUUCAAGAUUGCUGUAGCUUUAGCAGUUGCAGCCAUUCCAGAAGGUCUACCAGCUGUUAUUACAACUUGUCUGGCUUUGGGAACUCGUCGUAUGGCCAAGAAAAAUGCCAUUGUGCGGUCUUUACCGUCUGUAGAAACAUUGGGCUGUACAUCGGUAAUUUGCUCCGAUAAAACUGGUACUUUAACCACAAAUCAAAUGUCUGUGUCAAGAAUGUUCAUAUUCGAAAAAGUCGAAGGUAAUGAUAGCAGUUUUCUCGAGUUUGAGCUAACAGGAUCCACAUAUGAGCCUUUGGGUGAACUUUUCUUGGGCGGUCAACGAGUAAAAGCCGCUGAAUAUGAGGCACUUCAAGAACUGGCUACUAUUUGUAUCAUGUGCAAUGAUUCCGCUAUUGAUUAUAACGAGUUUAAACAAUGCUUUGAAAAAGUUGGUGAAGCAACAGAAACCGCUUUAAUUGUGCUUGCGGAAAAACUAAAUCCCUUCAACGUUAACAAAAGUGGGCUAGAUCGUCGUUCGGCCGCUAUUGUAGUUCGUCAGGAGAUUGAAACAAAAUGGAAAAAAGAAUUCACACUUGAAUUCUCUCGCGAUCGUAAAUCAAUGUCAUCGUAUUGUACACCCCUGAAACCAUCGCGCCUGGGUACUGGCCCUAAGUUAUUUGUUAAAGGUGCUCCAGAAGGCGUUUUGGAUCGUUGUACGCAUGCACGCGUUGGAACAAGCAAAGUUCCACUAACUUCUUCCCUCAAGAGCAAGAUUUUGUCUCUUACUGGCCAGUAUGGUACGGGUCGUGAUACAUUGCGUUGUCUCGCCUUGGCUGUUGCUGAUAGUCCAAUGCGACCCGAUGAAAUGGACUUGGGCGAUUCGACGAAAUUCUACCAAUAUGAAAUUAAUUUAACAUUUGUUGGUGUUGUUGGAAUGUUGGAUCCACCACGUAAAGAGGUAUUCGAUUCAAUUGUGCGUUGCCGGGCAGCUGGCAUCCGCGUUAUUGUGAUAACAGGUGACAACAAGGCAACUGCUGAAGCCAUUUGCCGUCGUAUCGGCGUUUUCACCGAAGAUGAAGAUACAACUGGCAAAUCUUAUUCUGGACGUGAAUUCGAUGAUCUUUCUCCUGCCGAACAAAAGUCUGCAUGUGCCCGUGCUAGAUUGUUUUCGCGUGUAGAGCCACAACAUAAGUCGAAAAUUGUUGAAUAUCUACAAGGUAUGAAUGAAAUUUCUGCUAUGACAGGUGAUGGUGUCAAUGACGCCCCAGCUCUUAAGAAAGCCGAAAUCGGUAUUGCAAUGGGUUCAGGAACGGCUGUGGCUAAAUCAGCUGCAGAAAUGGUGCUCGCCGACGAUAAUUUCUCCUCCAUUGUAUCUGCAGUUGAAGAAGGUCGUGCUAUCUACAAUAACAUGAAGCAGUUUAUCCGUUACCUUAUUUCAUCGAACAUUGGUGAGGUAGUCUCUAUCUUCUUAACCGCAGCUUUGGGAUUACCCGAAGCUCUGAUUCCCGUCCAACUUCUGUGGGUGAACUUAGUGACAGACGGUCUACCAGCAACAGCUCUUGGAUUCAACCCUCCUGACUUGGAUAUUAUGGAAAAACCUCCACGCAAAGCUGAUGAAGGUCUUAUUUCAGGCUGGCUAUUCUUCCGAUACAUGGCUAUUGGUGGCUAUGUCGGUGCUGCCACAGUCGGCGCUGCUGCCUGGUGGUUCAUUUUUGCGGAAACAGGACCCCACCUAUCCUAUUGGCAAUUAACUCACCACCUGUCAUGCAUCGGUACUAGUGAUGAUUUCAAGGGAGUUGAUUGUAAAAUAUUUAGCGAUCCUCACGCAAUGACAAUGGCUUUGUCCGUACUUGUAACAAUUGAAAUGUUAAAUGCUAUGAACAGCUUAUCAGAAAAUCAGUCACUUAUUACCAUGCCCCCAUGGUGCAAUUUGUGGCUAAUUGGUUCUAUGGCCCUUUCGUUUACGCUUCAUUUUGUUAUUCUUUACGUGGAAGUCCUUUCUACCGUUUUCCAAGUUACUCCACUGUCCGGAGAAGAGUGGCUAACUGUGAUGAAAUUUUCAAUUCCUGUAGUUUUAUUAGAUGAAACACUGAAAUUCGUUGCUAGAAAAAUUACGGACGGUGAGAGCCCCAUUCUAAAAAUGCAUGGGAUUGUUUUAAUGUGGGCCGUUUUCUUUGGCCUUUUAUAUGCAAUGACGCUUUAAACAGUUUGUUCAAAAAACUUACAUACAUACAUAUUUGUAGCAAAUUUAGUUAAAGACAAACUAUUUAAUUAAAAUUCUAUACUAAUUUUCGGUAUGACAGAUUUAAACCUUAAUGCUUUAGCAUUACGCUGCUGAAACUAAUUUAAGAGCUUGGAGAAUGUUAUUUUUAUUUUAGGAUAAAUUAAAAAAAUAACAGUAUAGUUAUGCCUUCAAUGUUUACAUGCACUAAUUCUUUAAGCUUGUAAGGUAAAAUACUCCAAUACAAUCUGCAAAUACAAUAACAUUUAUGACUUUACCACUUAGAUAAAUUACCUUAAAGCAUAGCAGUCAUUCAAUAUACUUUUGUUUUAUUUUUGCGUUACAAUAAAUAUGUAAAUAAUAGUCAUUCUUAGAACUUCCAAAAUUAAAAUCUCCCAACGUAAAUUUUAAUUCGAUAAGGUUUGAAAGUACAAAAUAUUUCAAUUUUCCAGUUGGUAUUGUGUACUUUGCAUUUUAAUAGUCUGAAAGAGUCAAGCAAAAUUAUUGAUCGCGAUAAAUUAUUAUUAAGGAGUUUUUUAUGAAAGUGGAUUUAAUUACAAUAUUUGAGAGAACCGUACUCAAAGUCAUCAAAGAUUUCUACCAAUUAAAUAGCAAUGUACUUAUACUAAUAAA